AGGCGCAUACUGUGCCUAUACUGGGCAUUCCACGAUCCGAAAGGAAAAUGUGCCAUCGUCGAACCGUUGAUUAGACUUGUGACUCGCAGAUAAUCGAUCAAGUGAUGCAGUGCUAGGACUACGAAUUGCACCAAUUUGCUGGUACUGCGUUUGUGCAUAUUCUUCAUCCGUUUGUCGACGAUUGUCACCGUAAACGCUCGGAGGUGUCAAUGAGUGAUUCACGAACUCAUAUUACAGCAUAUAUCAGUUUGUCACAAAUUCUGCUCAGUUGCUGAGUCGAUAGCCAAAGGACCACCGAAGAUGAUCGCUGCCAUCGGAACUUGCGCCGCGUUGGCGGUGAUGCUGCUCACCGCAGUGCCAUUUGCAUUGAGUGCCGGUCAUCACCGCUUCGGCUACACUAGACCGGAACAGCGCCGGUGGGCCAGAGCGCACCAAAGUUGCGCGGGAAAGCAUCAAUCGCCGAUCGCCGUUUCCAGCAGCAGGGCGAUUUCGCUGAACAUGCCAGCGAUCGAGCUGGUCGGCUAUAACAAUCUUCUGCCGGGACCGAUCACUAUGCAUAAUAAUGGACAUUCGGUAUCCAUAGCAAUCCCAAAAACUGAUCCCGAAAAUGGUCGACACCCGUAUAUCUUCGGUGGUAAACUGCAAAACGAGUAUGAACUGGAAGGGCUACACUUUCAUUGGGGUGACAAAAACAAUCGCGGAGCGGAGCAUGUUCUGAACGAUAUAAGAUACCCGCUCGAAAUGCACAUCAUUCAUCGUAAUAGGAAGUACAAAAACACUGCAGAAGCGUUGGGAUAUUCCGAUGGUCUCACGGUACUUGGUUUCUUCUAUCAGGUGACCGAGCACGAGAGCCCUGAGAUUGCCUACCUGUUGCGGACGUUUCCACUAAUAGAACAAUUCGACGAACAGGUUCGUCUUAACUUCACCUUCACCCUGAAAUCCAUACUCGGGGACGUUGACCUGACCCGAUUCUACACGUACAAAGGCUCGCUAACGACACCACCUUGUUCCGAGGCGGUCACGUGGGUGCUCUUUCCCGACGUAUUGAACAUCUCCAUCAUGCAAAUACGACGUUUCCGAAUGCUCGAUAACGGCCUACCCGGUUCCCCGAUGGUAGAUAAUUACCGGGCACUGCAACCGCUCGGCAAUCGACGGAUUUUCAUCCGGAAGGUGAACUCACGAAACACCGCUCUCGACGAACUGCAGAGUAAAUUCGAUCAUACCCAGUGGGGAUGGGUCUAUUGAAGCGUCAUCGUCACUGCGUCACUGGCUAGGCGGGCUGGAAGCAUUCUUCGGAUGAGAUGUGGUGGGCGACAACCCACCGGAAAUAGUCAGUAAAUAAAAAUCAUUUUAUUUUAUUUUGUGUCGAAACAUUUUUUUAAAAAAUUGAUUAAAUGAGCAU